GGGACGAUGCGGGCGGCGGUGUGGAACGCGCGGGCGGCGCUGGUCUACUCGUUGGGCGGCUGGACCAUGCUGGGGGCCAUGCUCCACUACAGCUCCGAAGGCGGCAGCGCCGAGAGCGGCGGCGGGCCCGAAAAUGAAAGUGAUACUCAGGAAAACAAUGCAACCCGCAAGGAAGUAUUCACUAGAGAAACAGUUUUCGGAAUAAAAGUGACAACAAUAGUAACAUACAAGGACGUUCAGCCUCCUAUGACUCGACUGCUCAGGCGUGUGAAAUCAUUCUUUGAUUCUAAUGAUGACCCUCCUUCUGGAAAUUGAGUGGUCUGGAAACUCAGAACUUUGUGCUGGAGCUGGCUUGUCUGAGAAAGUCAUCCUGGCACCAGGCACCAGACCGUCAGUGAAAAACUUCCUCUUGCAUUGCUGAAACGACAGCUCCAUCUCUGACAUAACUUCGCAGAACUGGCAAACCUUCUCGUCAGCUUGGAUCACUGCUGUUCUUUGCAUGUGUCUUCAAAUUAUUAAAUGCAAACUGGGUUGCGAGACAUUAAUGAAUCUGCGUGCUGCCUGGUGUCUUGUGUCUGACGGUCUGACCAGGUGGCCGUUGUGGCUUUUUUUGUGAAGUUGCUUCCCCAGCUGGUGUACAGGGCGUACCUGGGUGAUCCAGGACGUACCCGGAAUGGCUCCUCGACUGAUCAGCUCCGAGAUGGAUCCUUUACAAUAAGAAGGAAUGUAGUUUAGUCUUUGGGGUACAAGAGUUGUUAAUUGUCCUCCAAAUAAAAACUUACAGAAGAUG